AUGUAUGGCUGCAGCGUGGGGAUGGUGUCGGGCUUCCUGGGCGUCCUGGGCUUCAGCAUCUUCCAGACCCCCCACCGCCCAUACCGGCCCGCCGGGGCCUUGGGCACCACUUCAACGCUCGCUGCAUGCACUGCAAUUCUGGCCAGCAUCAUCACAGGGCUCUGCCUAGGCUAUCUGGUGGUGUCACGGAAGAUGUGCAAUCGCUCUAUCGACCAGUGUGACAUCCUUGAGGAGGCCCUCAUGUUCAAUACCUUCUGGUUCGGCUUCUUUGCAUGCAUCUCCAUGGCUGUAUUCAGGGAGACGCACGCUCUGGCGGAUGCCCUUUCGAUGGAGGAGACCGAGCUUCCAGAGACCAGCGUCAGACCACGAGCAGAAACAGCCUAA